CAAACACAACCAUCAGCAGCUCAACACUCAAAACUUUCUCCAGCACAUCUCACAUUACUGGAGUUUAAAACGCCCCGCAUCAACACAGCGCGAUAUAACGGGAAUAUGUAACGCGAAUCAAUGACGAUGAAGGACUGGUGUCGUCUUCUACUCUUGGCUGGAAUUGCUGCUGUUUUGCAUGCAGCCGAAUGAGCACCCAUGCACACUAUGGCAACAAUCGGUCCAUGCUCAGAUGCAGAGGACCUGUUGGCUUCCAUCCACCUCGAGAGGUAUCUGGACCACUUCCGUCAGGCAGGCUUUCUCCUCGCCCGAGACUUCUGUCAUGUGGACAAUGUAGCUCUGAACAGGGUGGGAGUCACUGCCACCGGCCACAGGAAGCGUAUCCUCAAACUAGUCGAGCACAUUCAGCUGAUCUGUCAACAGCCCUCGCUAGAUCGCUGUAAUUCAGACUCUGCUAUUCACGAGGUGACCCCUGUCAAAGCGCAGCCUCAUUCUCCUUCAAGACGUCCUGGCAUCUCCUUAGAAGCCUUACGUAACAGCUCGGCCCCGAAUCUUUGUGCACAAGUGAAGCGCUCGUUCUCAGAGCGUAGCACCAGUGUCGUAAAGCCGGUACCAAAACCAAGAACUGUCUUCCACAGACUGAGAGCAGAGAAAAUUUCUUUACCAACACAACAUGAAGCGCAACCUCGCCUAAAGUCAUCUCAGGACUCACUUUUAAAAGUUGCAGAAGGUUUAUCCUCCAGUACAGACACUGUUGAAACAUCUACUGAAUCAAAAAAGGGCCAUUGUGAACCAGCUUUGAGUAAUACCAUUUCGUUCCUAGAGACUAGUGAUCCGUUACCUCCAGUGCCCCCCAGGUUAAAUCGAGGAAUCCCCCCAUCCACAUUCAGGAGAUUGUCAGAGCAGGAGCGUCUGAGCACCCCACCCCUCUGCACCCCUCCUGACUCCCCCUCGAGUUAUCAGUGCUCUCCCUUCACUAACACACCCGGUUCACCUCCAAGUCCACCCUGCUCAGGGCUAGAGAUGGUCUCCAAUGAAAUCUACUGUGGCACUUUACCAGGCACUCCACUAUCUGCUGAGGAUGAAGAUGAAAUGAUCAACCCGUACUGUGAAACUGUUUUCCACAGCAGGCGACACUAUCAACAUUCAGAGGUUGAGAGGACCAAAAGUGAGGAAAAGACUACAAAUAAUGAAGAUAAAAAAAGAGAACAUGGGCAGCACAAUCACUCUUGGCUCAAGCGUCUUGAUUCUCCAGGCUACUGCACUGUGGGUGAACCGUCCCCGGCCUCUCCCUCGUUCUCAGACGAGGACCACAUCAUCUCCCCCUACGCCAGCUUCACCUCGCUGUCCGAGCGGGCGGCACCCAUCCUCAGCGGCUGGCUGGACAAGCUUUCUCCUCAAGGAAACUACGUGUUCCAGAAACGAUAUGUGAAGUUUGAUGGGAGGAACUUGAUGUACUAUGCUAGUGAAAAGAUAAAAGUGGCUCAGAGGCACCGCCAGCAUCGAGGUCUCGGCACAAUGGUGUCGAAAGUGCAGAGUCUGAAACUAGACACUGAAAAGAUCCUUCUCUUCAUAAUGCUUGGCAAUGAUAGAGCCAAUGAAUUUUGGGCAGCCAGACUUCCUGUGACUGAGGAGCUGGACUGUGACGCCUCCCCAGAGCAGCGGAAAGAGUUUAUCACCCACAAAUACAGAGAAGGCAGAUAUCGCCACCCUCAUCCCAGUUUUAGCACUCAAGAGGAACUUCUUAAGGCGCUGUGCACCGCUGUGACUGAGCAGAACCUGCUGAAAACGGUCACUCAGAUUUUUGCGGAGGCUGAGGCCGCGCGACUCGCUGACGCUAAUGGAAACGAUAAGCGCGCAUCCCCGCAUUACUUAUACACACAGUCAGCAGAUUCCUGUGUCUAUGAUGAGAUCAUGCAGUCCAUCCUGUACUCCGGCUACCUCUACAAGUCAAGCUCCUUGAACAAAGGGACAUUAUCCCGCAGAACCAGAGACGCAGAUUUUCAGAAGUACUGGUGUUCGGUGGAGAAGUCUAUUCUCUUUUAUGAGUCUGACAGAUGUCAUGAGCCCAGUAUGAAGAUCGAUGUGAAAGACAUCAUCUGUUUAGGAGUUAGCAGGCCAGACUCCAGCAACAACAGCGGCUUUAUUGACAAAUUUCGAUACACAUUUGAACUUUACCUAACAUCUGAUAAGCUGAUCCAGUUUGGCUUGGAGACUCCAGAUGCGUUGCACAGUUGGGCGAGAGCAAUAGGGAAGGCCACCACCCCUCUCAGUUGUCACUGCCUGCUGGCGCGAGAGUUCGAGCGAGUGGGCGUACUGCGCUACAAGGCCAUGCUAGACCCGCAGCAGUGGAAAGAAGGCUUCUUUGUUCUGCAGAAGUCCAACCUGUUCAUAUGCCCUGGAAAUGAUGGAGCCGCAGAGGAUAUUAUAAACCUGAAACGCCUACAGGAGCUCAGCAUUGCAUCGGAAACAGAGAACCAUGAGAAGAAGGACAUCCUGGUUCUUGUUGAGAAAGGAAGGACUCUGCAUCUGCAGGGCAUGGGCAGGACUGAUUUCUCCCUGUGGUACGCAGACAUUCAGAAGGCAGCAGGAGGGAAAGGGAACACCCUGAAAGACCAGCAGCUCAGCAGAAAUGACAUCCCCAUCAUCGUUGACAGCUGCAUUGCCUUUAUAACUCAGUAUGGUCUAGGCCAUGAGGGUAUAUAUAGGAAAAAUGGUGCGAAGUCCAGAAUCAAGCUUUUGAUGGAGGAGUUUCGUAAGGACGCCCGCAUUGUGAAACUCCGUAUUGGAGAUAACUUCAUAGAGGACGUGACGGAUGUACUGAAAAGGUUCUUUCGGGAGAUUGAUGAUCACAUAUUUAUGGCUGAUCUCCACCCCUUCUGGAGGGAAGCUGCCAAGAUACCUCAAAAGCCCCAGCGUUUGGACCGAUACAAAGAGCUGAUUCGAGGGUUACCUCGGGUCAACAGAACGACCUUAGCAGCUCUCAUCAGUCAUCUCUACAGGGUGCAGAAGUGUGCUGAUCUCAAUCAGAUGUGCACUAAGAACCUGUCCCUGCUGUUCGCUCCCAGCCUGUUUCAGACUGAUGGGAAAGGGGAACAUGAGGUCAAAAUCAUAGAAGACCUCAUCGAUAACUACCUGUAUAUAUUUGAUAUUGAUGAAGAACAUCAAACUCAGAUUGAACUGGAAAUCAGUUUGAUAACCACCUGGAGAGACACACAGCUCUCACAGGCAGGGGACUUGAUUAUUGAAGUAUAUCUAGAAGAAAAGUUACCGGAUUGCUGCAUCACUCUGAAAGUGUCUCCCACAAUGUGUGCUGAGGAGCUGACCAAUCAGGUGCUGUAUAUGAGAAAUAUUCCUGCGGGGGAAAAAGACGUGUGGAUGACCUUUGAGGCCAUCGAGGAAGGAGAGCUUGAGCGACCUCUUCACCCCAAAGAGAAGGUUCUGGAACAAGCGCUACAGUGGUGUAAAAUGGCUGAUCCCAGCUCAGCAUAUCUGGUGGUGAAGAAGGUGCCUAGAGGAGAAGCUAUUGACAUUUUCACAGCCUAUAAGAGUGAGAUAGUGAAGUCUGGAGUGCUGAAGUGUCGGGAAGAGCCGCCCAAGCUCUUGCAAGGAAACAAAUUCCAGGAACGAUCUUUUCAAAUUAAAGACCAUAGAUUGCUCCUGAUGAAGGACAAAAAAAGCAACAAACCUGAGAAAGAGUGGCAACUGAAAACCUUGAAGAUUUACAUGGGGAUCAGAAAGAAGUUAAAACCACCAACAAAAUGGGGAUUAACAGUGAUGCUGGAUAAACAGCAAUUGUACCUCAGCUGUUCCUGUGAGACUGAAUUAUGGGACUGGAUGACUAAUUUACUAAAAGCACAGAAUGAUGAUUUGCGCCCACCUGUGAUGAGACGGCACUCUUCCUCUGACAUUUCCAAGCAGAAGUUUGGCACCAUGCCGCUAGUGCCCAUCAGAGGAGAGGAGAGCAAUACCAACUCCACCAUGCUCUCCGCCAAUCAGACUCUGAGAAAGCUCCACACGAGAAGGGCUCUCUCAAUGUUCUUUCCCAUGAAGGUGCAGCAGGACUCGUUUGAGGAGCGCAUUGAAAGCUCGGAGCCUUUGUAUGAGGAGGUGGGCGACUUCGGUCUGCAGGUGCUCAAAUCUUUGGAAACUAGUUUCCUGUCCAGUGCUCACACAGAGACACAGGAGGUGCCAGCACGGCCCGUCAGCCUCGGACAGAGGAAGGCCGUCUCCCUGGAUCGCAUGGUUGGGUCAAACCCUGUGCACUCUCUCUUAUCCUCUGGCGAGUCAAUAGACACUCUGGGUCAGGAGGAUCCCACAGACUCUCUGCAUGUCCCACAUAGGCACAGGUCACACAGAUCAUGCAGCCCCCAGCAGGAACUGCUGUUGCAGGAACUCUCCACGAUGUUCUGCAAGAAUCCAGAGUCUGAAGAGCAGCAUGAGAACCUCACCUGAGCUUAGAGGUGAGGUUAAUAAUUGCUGUUAUUAAAUUGCCAUGUGUGUCUGUUUGAAAUUGGCGAGUAAGA